AUGCCGCUUCAGAGACGUCCCAAUCACGGCUUCACCGAGGCAGCGACACAUCUUCGCCGAUGUCACCCAUGGACUGCUCAUGACACGAAGACUGCUGCUGCCUUCACGGAGAGCUGUAGUAAUGGGGUCGGCGAUGGAUCUGGAAAUGGAGGCGCAUCUUCAUCUCCAUCCCAGCUGAGACGACCGUCGAUGCGCCCGCUCGACCACCGCUGGGACCGAUCGAGAGGGAUCGUGUUCUCCAGCUACGGUCAGAGGAGAACAUACGCCUCCAAACCGAUUCAACGUUCCGCGCCCACCAGCACGCCAGCCGCGAUUCCUACCAAGAGCUCUAGUCCUUCUAGCGCCGCCAGCGCGGUGGAUUCGGGAUGGAAGGGGGGGCUUAUUCCGACGACGUACUCCGUCAAACAGGGUAAGGACCUGGAGAAGAAGAUUCACGAUCUGAACAAGGAAAUCUUAGGACUCAAUGCGAAGAUCAAGGAACACAAGAUGAAGAUUGAGUUGCAGGAGAACCAGCUGGCAUCGCUCAGGAGCCGGGGAUCAGAUUUGGAGAACAAGUUGAGCAGUGCACGGAGCAAGGCCCAACGUGACCUGGCUGACCUGCAGGCCAAGCAACAAAUGGAGCUGGAGACACUGCGUCCUCGAAUCGCAGAGAAUGCAAUGUAUCGCGACAAUCUUUACCGAGAAGCGCAGGCUCCCCUGCUUGGGGAUAUUCGUCGCCUCAACAGCGACUGGUUGAAGUCUCAGCACGAGGUGGAAGCGUUGAAGACUACCAUGGAAGAUCAGCAGAAACGGCACGAUACAGCACAGCGCGACGCGGCGGCUCGCGCGCGAGAGCUUGGCUUUGCUCUCAACAAAGCUGCCGAAGAGAUUCGGGGCUUCAAAAGUCGAAAAAAGGAAGAUCGCGAAGACUAUACUCGAUACCACAACAUUUUCGCCGAAUUGAGAGACAAGACCUUCCAGGUCCGCGAUGAGCUCUUCUUCACUCGACGGCGCGUGGAGGCGGAAAUAACGUUGUGGCAGAAAUCCAUCCAGAGAUUCAGAACUUCUGAAAGUCUCCGCCUCCUACUCCACAGCUCAAAGUAUGCCGGUACCAAGAACGCCAUCGAGCAGUUUCUAGAAGGACAGGUUUCGGAUGCGGAAAAGACCAUUGAUGGUCUGGGGCAGCUUGAGCGUUUGGUCGUUCGGGACCGCGACAACAUGCACACUGACGCGCAUCACUCUCGCUCCUUGACGCGGCAUCAUCAUUUGGAUGAGCAUCAAAGUGCGUACAACAGUGCGCAACUGGCCCAUCGCCUUGCGGGUGCGGCGCACUUCCACAAGUUGCGCAAAGCUUAUACGGACGACAUUCGCCAUCUGGACUCCCUGAUUGAGGGGGCUUCUCGAAAAAGUGAUGACGCCACGCUCAUUGAGCGGUUGAGCGCCGAGAGGCAGGAGUUGACUGAAAUGUGCACGAAGGUGCGUCGAUUCUUGACAUUCUUUCAAUUCGUGCAGGACUGGCGAGCAUUGGAAGCGCUGGAGGACGAUGAUAUUGUGGAAAAAUCCGUCUGGGUAGACACUAUCAAAGCGAAACGGGCUCUAGACGCUGCGGUGGACCGAUUCCACAGCAUGGUUGAAGACCACCCAGCUAUCGACGCCAAGGAUUGGAAGAAACGGCACCACUACCUCGAAGAUGUGCGAGCCCAACGGAUGGCAUAUGAUCAUUUGGUUGCGCAAGUGCGACAGCGGCAUUUGCUUGCUCACGAUUUGGGCAAAAUGACCACCGAUGAACAGAAACAAGUGGAGGAGACGAUCAAGCGCCAAACCGAGCUUGCCAAGACCGCGGUGGACGGAAGCUUAGCUGGGCUAGGGUUUCAGAAACCUUUCGCCCGGCGAUCAAGGACCAUACAAAAGACAGAUCAAACGACGACUACGACAACUGGUGCCUCUAGCAAACCGCCAGUAACGCUUGAUUCGUUGCGAGCUGGUUUGUCGACUGAAGUGGCCACAAAGAAGCAACGAGUCGCCCACGCGGAGAAGAAACCCACCAUUGUGAAAAAGGGACCUCGGAAGGCUCUGGUUUCUCGGGCUGGCAGGAAGAAGAGAUUUCCUGGACAACGAAGGAUCUCAUUCAACUCCUCUUCUGCGACUGCGAAGCUCGAUAGGGAAUACGCCACGGGCGAUGAGACUGGGGCCAGGGAUGUUGUGAGCGGCAAUGCAGCCUCGGUUAUGAAACCUACGGAACCCAGACAGGCACCGUACAGACAGCCCGCAUACGACACCGAAGUCGAUGCUUCCCGGGUGAAGAGCCGUGCCUCACGCGGCGACAACAUGGGAUUCAGUACGCUCCAAGCAGCGCUCACGGGCAAGAACGCAUCGGAGAGACCGGCGGCAACAUCUUCUUCUGAUGGUGACGACACCGGAACCUCGCCCUCACCACCAGCCGAGGACAAUAGAGUGUUACAAUCUGAUGACGAUGUCUCUAUGAAUGACGAACGCUCAGGUGCAUCUUCAGAGCAAGAGUCCUCUGCCGCGGAUGAAGAACCUGAAGAGUCACAGACGAUAUUGUCUUACCAGAUUCCAGCAAAGGAUUUCCGCGAUGCCGCCAUGGCCUCUCUCAAUUCCAAUGCUGCCUACUGGUCGCACAACCUUUACAAAAACGCCGAGAAUCAGAAGCCAGUUGUCUACUAUUGUCAAAACUACGACGCAGCGGAGGCUCGAGCAAAGCUUUUUCUCGACGAGCGUGUGAUUGGGUUCGAUCUAGAAUGGGAACCCCGUGCCUCGAUAAAGGCGGACUCUCCCGACAUCAAGCGUAAUGUCUCUCUGAUACAGAUCGCAGCAGAAGGCAAGAUUGCUCUUUUCCAGCUUGCUCGGUUCAAACAUGCCAAGACCGCCGAGGAUCAUAUGCCGCCCUCUCUUCGCAAGAUCUUGGAAAGCCCGAGCAUUGUCAAGGCCGGCGUGAACGUCAGCGGCGAUGCAAGAAGGAUGAAGAAAUGCCUCGGCGUGGACAUGGCGGGCGUGUUUGAGCUCAGCCAUUUGUUCCGCGUCGUGAAGCAAUCAGAGAAGGUCAAGGCAAGUUUCAAACUGGUUAGCUUGAAGACUCAAGUGGAUGAGAUUCUCCUUCUGCCGAUGAAGAAAGAUGAGGUCAGAGUCAGUGCAUGGUCGAAGGAGCUCAAUAAUCAACAGACGAGCUAUGCAGCUUCGGAUGCUUACGCAGGGUUUCAACUCUUCCACAAGUUGGWCAAUGAGAGAAAGACUAUGGUUCCGAAGCCGCCGAGACCGCAGUUCUACGAGACGUUUCAGCCGCUCGUGUUGGGGGACGGGACCAUGGUCUUCCGGGCUUCCAGUGGGAAGAGACAAGCUGUUGUCAAGAAGGAUGAUGAUGCGGUGGAAGACGAGGUGGACGAAGAGGAAGAAGGGGAAUUCUUUGAUGCACCUGAAGGCUUGGACACUUACGAGCUUGGUCUGGAGCCUGAGAUUUCGAAUCCACCCAAUCAAGAGCAACUGCGACAGACUGCUGGUGUGAAGCAGGAGAUCUCGUAUCCUUCUCUUCCAUCCCUGGACUCCGGAAGCGUCAGACCCAUGUCGAGUACGCCGACGCAAUCGUGCACCACCACACUUCCCCUCCGCUCCAAGCUUACGCCGAAGACUCAAGCGAUUCCAGAACCCGAACUUACUACUUAUCCAGCCGAUGAAGAUAUCCAAGCAAACCGCUCAGCAACAGCAUUCCGACCUGGGCCCCUCCCAUGUCCUGAAAAUCAAGCCGCUGAGACGUGGAUGAUCACAUACCGUGCCAAACACAGCGGCAUAUCCGUUGGUACUGCCGCUCUUCGAGCGUACCAUCUUUGGCACUUUCAAAGAUUCGAGCUUAAAGAAGUCGCCGGCUUUUGUCGUGAUCCUCCAUUGGCGAUCACGACAGUUGCUAGCUAUAUCAUGCAGGCGCUCAAAGAAGCGGAGUUGCCUUUUGAUGUAGAACGGGUUAAUGGUGUGUUGGCAGUUUUACCGAUAAGCGUGCAUGGUCGGUAUCGUGGGGUCUUGGAAAGAGGAGCGACAUGA